CGUUUCCUUGGAGACACACGUGCGACCACUGACUAUUUACUGGCAAUAUCAAUAAAUAAAGUUUCCGAGAGACACUUCUUUGCGAGCGACAAGAUGUUGGUGCCCAGCUUUCGUGAACAUUGGAACGUUUGCGCCUCCGAUAUUGCUCGGAAAACGCACAAUCCCGUAAGGUCCAUCGUAGAGAAUAUGGUUAUCGAGCCCAAUCCUGAAAAGAAGAUGAUCGCGUUGUCUAUUGGCGAUCCUACAACUUUCGGCAAUUUAAUUCCACCAGAGGAAGUGAUCGAAGCUGUUCAAAACAGCGUCACUUCGCAAUUAUACAAUGGAUACGCACCGAGUAUAGGUCAUGAAAUGGCACGAGAAGCCGUAGCUGAGUACAGCUCGAACGAAUAUGUGAAAGUCAAUUCCAAGGACGUAAUUCUGUGCAGUGGAUGUUCUUGCGCACUCGACUUGUGUAUUACGGUUUUAGCUCGAGAAGGUCAAAACAUCCUAAUUCCACGUCCUGGUUUUCCCCUCUAUCGAACGCUGGCGGAGGGCCUCGGUAUUACGGUCAAAACGUACAAUUUAUGUCCGGAGCAUGGUUGGGAAAUCGAUCUGGACGACCUGAAGGAGCAAAUCGACGAGUCGACGGCGGCAAUUAUUAUAAACAAUCCUUCGAAUCCUUGUGGCUCGGUAUUCAGCCGCAACCAUAUACUUGACAUUCUCGACAUCGCCGCUCAUUACUACGUACCCAUUAUAGCCGAUGAGAUUUACGAGCAUAUGGUAUUUCCAGGACGGACUUUCCACUCGUUAGCGUCUCUAUCGACCGAAGUUCCUAUUUUGUCGUGCAGCGGGCUGACUAAAAGAUUUUUAGUUCCAGGUUGGCGUAUGGGUUGGAUAAUAAUCCAUGAUCGUCAGAACGUGCUAGAAGCCGAGAUUCGCAAAGGUUUACAUUGUUUGAGCCAGCGAAUAAUUGGCAGUAAUACUAUUAUUCAAGGCGCCUUGCCUAAGAUACUUCAGAACACGCCACAAAAGUUUUUCGACGAUGUUAUCAAUACCUUAUACUCACAUUCUAAAUUGGCAUACAACUGUAUAAUAAAAAUUCCGGGAUUGAAACCGAUAAUGCCGGAUGGAGCGAUGUACAUGAUGGUCUACAUCGAUCUACAGUGCUUUUCGGAAUUUAAUUCCGAUGUGGAAUUCGUGCAACGGCUGCUAAUGGAAGAAUCCGUGUUUUGCCUACCCGGCCAGUGCUUCGAAUAUCACUCUUACAUGAGACUGAUAAUAACCGUGCCAAGUGAUAUGCUCGAGGAAGCUUGUCAGAGGAUUCAAGAAUUCUGCGAGAGACAUCAUUGUAAAACAGAGAAGAUCUCAAAAAAGAACGAUUUCGUCAACGAGAUUCCGUAUUAAGA